GCAGACGCCCGAGCGGGACGGCUAGAGGCUGACUGCUCGCCGCCGCGCCGCUUCGCACACUUCGCCUAUAAAUACCGCGGAGAAGGACAGCCACUCACGGGCCGGUUCCCCGCCGCCGGUCCGAGCUGCCCGAUGGCACCGCCCGGCUGCCGCCGCGCCUGAGCCCCGCACUUCGCUCCGCUCGGCCGCCCCGCGCCCGCCGCCCCCUCCAACUCCCCCCCGUCCUCGCCCGGUUCUCUCCCCGCCCGCGGGCCCCGGACAGACGAGAAGAUGCGCUGCGCGCCGCCGGGGCUGCUGCUCGCCCAGCUGCACGCCUGCAUCUUCUGGAGCGGGCUGUGGCCCGCCGGCUGCCAGCCGCCCCCCGCCGCCUGGAGGCAGCGCAUCCAGUGGGAGAACAACGGACAGGUGUACAGCCUGCUCAGCCAGGGCGCUCAGUACCAGCCCCCGCGGCGCCGGCAGGCGGCCGAGCCGGCGAGCAGCCCCGUGCUGCUGCUCCGCGGGAACGGCUCUGUGCCGCUGGCCAACGCCGCCCGGCCCCAGCCCGAGUCCCAGCCCCAACCCCAGCCUCAGCCCCGGCCCCAGCCCGGCGGCAGCCGCGGCUCGGGCGCCCGACAUUGGUUCCAGGCCGGCUAUCGGGCGCCCUCCGGCAGCCGCGGCGCCGCCGGUCCUUCCUCGGCAGCCCCGCGGUCCGGCGGCCCCGGCGACGAGAGCGAGCGGAGCGCCGGCGGGCUGCCCGCGCCCAGCGGUCUGCGAGCCGGGCGGGAGGACGUGAUGGUGGGCGACGACCCCUACAGCCCCUACAAGUACACGGACGAUAACCCCUACUACAACUACUACGACACCUACGAGCGGCCGCGCCAGGGCAGCAGGUACCGGCCCGGGUACGGCACCGGCUACUUCCAGUACGGUCUGCCCGACCUCGUGCCGGACCCGUAUUACAUCCAGGCGUCCACCUACGUGCAGAGGAUGUCCAUGUACAACCUGCGCUGCGCCGCCGAGGAGAACUGCUUGGCCAGUUCAGCUUAUCGAGCGGAUGUUAGAGACUAUGAUAAUCGAGUGCUCUUGAGAUUCCCUCAGAGAGUGAAAAACCAAGGAACUUCAGAUUUCCUACCAAGCAGACCUCGUUAUUCCUGGGAGUGGCACAGCUGUCACCAGCAUUAUCACAGCAUGGAUGAAUUCAGUCACUAUGACUUGCUAGAUGCAAGCUCGCAUAGAAAAGUUGCUGAAGGACACAAAGCAAGUUUCUGCCUUGAAGAUACCUCCUGUGAUUACGGGUAUUACAGACGAUACGCCUGUACAGCACACACACAGGGAUUGAGUCCUGGCUGUUAUGACACUUACAAUGCUGACAUAGAUUGCCAGUGGAUUGAUAUCACAGAUGUGAAACCUGGAAACUACAUUCUGAAGGUCAGUGUAAACCCCAGUUAUUUGGUACCUGAAUCUGAUUACUCCAACAACAUAGUACGCUGUGAUAUACGCUACACUGGCCACCAUGCAUAUGCCUCCGGCUGUACAAUUUCACCGUACUGAGAGAGAUACAAGAAAAUGGAUGAGACGGUGCCAAAUGUUUUGAACUGAAGUAUCAUUAUAUAAAUUUCCAUAGGAUGUAAACAGUAUAGAAGCAAAACUACAGAACAUACACAUGUACACCCACACACAUUGUGAUUCUGAAGCACAUUGGCUGCUUCUUAUCAAAGUCUGAAACUGGAUUUUAGGCAUUUGAAUUGGCAUUAUGUUUCUAACUAUUGAAAUGUGUGGAUCUGGUGACUCAUGCACAGAUAUUCUUAAAUUUUGAAAUAUUAACUCAUUCACAAAAAAAAACAAAAACAAAAACAAAACAAAACAAAAAAAAACCAACCCAAAAUAUGAGCAUUUUUUAACUCCUGCAUAUUUGGAGUUCAGGUGAUGAUAGAUAGACUUCAGUCAGAAUAUUACUGGUGAAUGAGUCAAGCAUAUUCUAAAAGGUAGCAAAUCUUUCUGUAAAAUGAAUUAGGUAAAAUGCAAUAGAAAGCACUAACGCCAGCUAUCUCAGAAAGCACCAGAAGGAAAAACUGCUUGAGAGUAAUCCCAUUGUAACCAUUCAAACAAAACUUGCUGGGACAUUGUUGAUACGAAUGAGAAAAGUAUGUUCAGUUUGAGGGAUAUUAACAUAUAGCAGAGAAAUACAUAUAUCUAUAUCUAUCUAUCAGUUAUACCCCUACAAGAAAAGUUACGUUUACAUUUUUAAUACGUUAGAAGUUUUACCAUUUUCUUAAGUCAGAAGCAGAUGGGGGUUUUGAAAGAAACCUUUCAUCCACAGAAACGAAUUAAAGAACUUAUCCACCUUUCUAUGUCAAAGAGAUUUUUCAAGGUGGGGCUUUUGAAAGACUUCUGCACACAUAAUGUGGAUAGAAAUGACUACCUGUCAAGAAGAGGGCUCGCAGAGAUGAUGAGUCCCUGGUGUAGUCAUCUGUGAGAAACAGCCCAUUUGAACAGGUUAGCCAUCAGCACAGGCUGUUAACUCGGAUGGCACCACAAAAUAAAAGCAGGUCAGAAUCUCUAGCAUGGUAUUUUAAUUGUGAGAAAGCCUAAUGCCUACUUCCCCCUUAAGUACUGCAUUUGGCUGUUGAAAUUUGUAUCUUGGAAUUCAGUUGAUGAAAAUGAAAAUACAGAGGGAGAACGAAAGUAAAUACAUUAAGAAUCCUAACUUAGGCUGUUCAGGACCCAAGCAUUGUUAAGGGGAAAAAUUUCCAGCCCACAUCAAAUUUUUUCACUGAUCUUCUUACUGGUGCUGGGUACACCACCCCUCCUCCCAUCCCCAGAUUAUUUUGCAUUUGCAGUGCACCCUGCUGUAAGCUACAGUAGCUGUGAUUCUGUUUUUAAACUGUGAAAUAACGUAUCACAAGGGGAUCUCAUGCUUUCUUUCGGAAGAUUUCAGAUCACGUAAAAUGAAGGAUCUACUUUUGAAACAAUGACCUGGAAGUACUGAUUGGUGUUGGUGAUGUUUAAGUAGCAGUUCCAAAUACCUAACGAAACGUGAAAUCUCAGUAUCAUAUACAUAUAUAUAUAUAUAUAUAUAUGUCAUAUAUAUAUAUAUAAAAUAUAUAUAUGAUAUAUAUAUAUGUAUAUUUUAAAUAGUGUGUUAUUCAGAAUAGUUGAAGAAGGGAAAAAAAUCUGAGGAAUAUGUAUGGUUUUUGAUCACUGCUGAGAAUACUUCAGGCAGUAUUUGGAAGUAUAUUAUGCAGUUGAACCCUAUGAACUCCAUUUUGGAAGUUUUAUCAAUUGUUAUGAUAGCUGUUAAGAAUCAGUGUGUUCUUUAUUGCAUGUAUUUAUUUCGGGACUACAAAGUACUUCCACCUUAAUCAUGAUUAGGUUAUGCUUGUACAGCUAGUUGGUAUGCUGAAGAAGCAUCUAAGAACCAAUAACCCCGUUUUUACUACCCAAUGUUUGAAGUGUGUCCUGAAUGCAAUUAAAGACUGCAGGUCCCUUUUUCGUUUGUUCAGAGAUCCAAUUCAGCAAUCAGCUACCACUGUGGGCCCCAAACAGGAGCAAAAUUUGGAAAGCAGAUUUCUUAGGAAGCCAUGCAUCUGCAAAGCAAGGGCCUGAUUCAAGUUUAGGCUUCUGAAAUCUCAGCUCAAAGAGCUUUUAAGAUAAAGAGAUGCAAAUGCAUUCACCUUUCUAGAAACUUAGGUCAGAAUUGGGGUGAAAGUCCUGACAGCAGCUUGUGCAAUAGACACACAAGCUACUACUGUAAUGGAAGCUGAGCUGUGGUGGGCACAGACUGCUUCCUGGUAAGAGGUGGUGUGCUCUUACUUCAUGGUGCUUGACACUGAAUGUGGGAUAAGAGAGUGCUAACUGGACACAGAGAAGCUGAGGAGUUUCUCCCUCAGUUUUCAAGGCAGUACCCUGCUUUCGUAUCUAUAUCCAAACUACUUGCGGAACUCCAUUGAGGUCAGCAAGAAGCCAGAGGAGCUUAAGCAUCCUGUGUAGGUGGAGCGUGUUGUAGUACUGGACUUGGACCUUUCAGUGGGAAUGGCCUGGUUCAGAAAGGUGCUGAACACCACAACUGAGUAUUGGGGAUAUUGUGGUUACAGAGAUGUAGCUCUUUUCAGUAGCAAAAUGUUUUAUUUGUUUUAAAGUGUAUGUUAAGGAACAUGACAUAAUGUACAUUAGCACAAACGCUGCCUAAGAUAACAUGAACAAUCUAUCUAGAAAAGCAAGAGAUUUUAGGAUUAAAAAAAAUGAAGAAAUGUGACUUUAACUUACCCUGUUUAACUAUAGUUAAUCACAAUGCAGUAGAAGAGUUGAUUGUAUAGCAAGUAUAGAAGCAUUUCUCAAUAGGGGAGUGCCAGCCACUAUCUUCAGUAUCUUGGCUUUGCAGUUGUGCCCCCGAUAUCUUAACUAUUUUCAUACGGGAAUAUAUUUAAGAAAUUACAUGCAUUUUUGUUGAAAACCAUUUAUAAAGAACAGUUUUGAUAACAUCUUAUUUUAUAAAGCGAAUUCUGCUUUGGAACCCUUUCUACCAGGUGUUUUAAAAGGAGUCUUUGGGAGCAGUAUCAGACAAAUGGCAGUACAAAAUCACUGCUGUGUAGUCCCAUACUUUCUUUGAAAUGUGCGAACAUUAAAGAUAUGUGUGAAGCAGUUGCCUCCCACAUUUCGGGUCUUCAGAUGAAAACUGCGCAUAGGGAACAUACUGUGUACCAGACUCUCUGCAGAAGGGGUUCAUUAAAUAUUUUUUUUAAUCCUGAAAUAUAUUCACUAUUUGAAUACUUCUAGACAGAACCAUGACAAAAACGACAGAUUGGUCACCAUCUGAACCAGCAUAUUGUGUAGAUGUUUUUGCGUUGGUGAAAGUCUACUCAUUUUCUCUCUGCUCCAAAGUUUACUAUGCAGUGUUGAAUGGGUGCAAACACCAAAUGUACCUUAGUCACUUAUGCGUUGUUUGUACUGUACUCAUUCAAACCAGCAGGGUGAAUUUCAUAAAUGAGACAACUAAAGGUGGUUUAUCCUGUGUCUCACAUUUAUGCUGACAUGGCAUUUUUCAUUUUCUCCAAAUCCUAGAAGGUGCUGAAAGGUUUUAACUUGAAUUAAAACCAAAGAGUAUGCUAUGGGGAGGUUACUAUUAUGCAACUAACUGCUACAGAUUCAGUGAAAUGCCACUUGUUUUUGCAACUUUUUUGAAGUUUUCAUUAUUUCCUUCACUUUUCUUCCUAGAGUCUUGACUUCAGAAAAACUUUGCAUCUUUAUCUGAUGAGUUCUUAUUUAUAAUAUUCAGACACUAGCUUUGUAUUCCUUAUUGCACUUUCAUAUUCUUGUGUUACAUGCCCGUAUUAUGGUUGCAAGUUUAUGUGAAAAUGACUUGAAUAAAGUUUUUCAAGCGUU